AUGACCACCAGUGAACUUAAAGAGGAAUUCAAAACUUGUGUUCGCAUUUCUCAACAACAAAAUUUUGUCACUGAAAUGCUAGCCUUGAAGAAACAUGGUGCCGUUCCGGUUGGUAGUCUCACAGCUCGACUAAAGCCCUACCUGGACAGCGAAAACAUCUUAAGAGUUGGAGGAAGGCUAGAGAAUUCACUGUUAUCAGAAGAAGAGAAGCAUCCUCCUAUUCUCUCAGCUCGAAGCAUUCUAUCAGGACUGAUCGUGGAUUGGGCUCAUCAACGGGCAUUGCACGCAGGGCCUACUGUCACUUAUGCCUACGCAAGCAGACGAGCAUGGAUAAUUGGAGGUAUGACAAAAACGAAGUCUUUUAUUAGGAGAUGCGUUGUGUGCUCCAAAUCUACGAAAAGGACAUCUACCCAUCUUAUGGCAGAUCUACCAGCUGCCAGGGUCAAUCCCGGAAGCCCUUUAAGUAAAGUUGGUGUGGACUACGCGGGACCCUUUCAAAUUUUACGAUCAAAAGGACGAGGCGUAUCAUCUUCGAAAGGAUAUGUGGCUGUAUUUGUUUGCCUAGCAACAAAAGCUAUCCAUUUGGAACUGGUUGGAGACUUAUCUACUGAGAGUUUUCUUGGUUGUCUGACAAGAUUUACUUGUCGACGAGGACGACCGCUCGAAGUAUGGAGCGACAAUGCUACCAAUUUCCGUGGUGCAGACAACGAACUCCGCAGGCUAUUUCUAGAAGCCGAGACCGAUUGGCAACAUGUUCAGGAUGUUCUCGCUCAGGAAAAAACAAUGUGGCGCUUUAUACCACCAUCAGCCCCCCACUUCGGGGGUCUCUGGGAAGCUGGGGUGAAGUCUAUGAAGAAUCAUCUGCGAAGAAUAACCGGUUCCCGAAAACUCACUUAUGAACAGUUCACCACUCUACUCGUGGAAAUAGAAAUGGCGCUCAACUGCCGUCCACUAAUCCCUCUUUCCGGAGACCUUGACGACCUUGAUGUGCUUACACCAGGAAGACACUCCAUUUCAGUUAUUAGCCAGUUGGCUUGUGAAGUUACUAGACAAUUUCAAGCGCGACUGGACAGUUCCUUUAUAAUAACUAAGACAAAUUUCUACUAG